AUGCCGGCCAAGCAAGCCCGCGUAAGGGAGGUGGCUGCUCAAGCCCUUCCUCCGCUCCCCCAAGGCCCAAACCAUACCAAUUCCAACGCCCUCCACAAUAUUGAGUAUGUGGGCGAGCUCUGUCAUUGGGUCGAUUUUCUCCGUUUUGUCGAAAUACACAUCCAAGGCCAGACAUGGAGCAACAAGGUCAUCAAGUACACCCCAAGAUUAGACGGCCCUGAGGCUGAAUCCCACCUUAUUGGCGAUGAGACAGGUCUUCAGGGUGUUUUCAAUCAUUCAGUGGGAUUUAUGGUUGGAAAAAUCUUAAGGGCCCAGUCAAUCGAUCUACAGUUUGCAGAUUUCAAGUGCCUUGGUGACCCUUAUCCCAAAACGCCUGAUAGCAUUCUGAUGACCUCUAUUGCUCAUCUAAAGGUUAUUGGGGAACUUAAGGUGCCCUGGGUGUCCGCACAUCAAAUGAGCGAGGCGUAUGAAGAGGAAACUAUGCUUCGCCAUUUGCUUGCCCGGCCGAUCAAAUACAUGAAGGAUCUGGAUUGCAUGUAUGGGUUUAUGAGCAACUAUUGUGAAUCGAUAUUUCUUCGACAGGUGUUUAUUGGAAGCAGAUGGGCCGUCGAAUACUCCCCAGUCAUACAGGCAUCUACCUCCUAUGUCAAGACGGACCUGGGCGAUCUCCUGGCUACACCAAUUGUGUCAUUACGGCAAUGUUUUCUUGCUAUUGCAGCUCUAGCACAGACGCAGGGGCCUGUCAAUAAUACGACACGAAUGUCAGAAUGGGUUGUGCCAACGAAAUAA